UGUUCUUUAAGCUGUCCUAAGAGGACUCAGACUCAGUCUUGAGUCUCCCCCUCUGCUCAGAAAAAAACACGCCUCUCACACUCAAACACUCCGUCUCCUUGUCUCUGCCUGCUGACUCUUCCCACCACGAAACAUAUAUCCGUUAUUGAUAAAGCCCGUUUUCCGUUCUUCACCAUUGCGUCCUGCGUUAAAUAUCGGUUGCUCUCAGACCAGUUGACAGCAGCGAUUCUCCGAGGAAUCCACGACGAAGCGAUCGGAACAUUAAGGUAACAGCCGGUCCAUUAGGAUGGAAAAGUGGUACUGGAAGGAACACCAACACCGGUUCGACAUUCCUCACAGAAGCACAUUUUUACCGAUGCUAUGCUCGAGGCCGUCGAUAAAGAGCGUAGCAAAGCCGACAUCGGGAUCAUUCUCGGAUGAGGCGGAGCCGCUGUCGCCGAAGGUCGGGUGCAUGGGCCAGGUCAAGAAGAGGAACGGCCGGGUUAUCGGUUUCCCAACACCCUACAAGUUCACCGGCCACAGUAACGUUGGUGCCAUUAAAGCCAACGCUUGCAACAGCAUUGUCAUCAGUUGUAGUAACGCCAAGUACUCCAAGCUGAGGAAGCUCUUCUCCAGCAAAAGCCUCGCCGGCCCCACCGUCAGCAGCCCGUCCACCGCUGCUGCCACCACCACCACGACCUCCACUGCAGCGAGGACGAGGAGGCGGAGCGUGAGCAAGAGAGGGUCGUUCAGCUCCGAGAAAGGGAACUUGAAGGAAGCGGUGAACAUCAGGGAGAUGGACCCGCCGUUGCCGGUGGUGAAGAAGGUGAGGAAGCCGGAGGAUGAGGAAGGAGGUAGCCUGUGGCGGCGGCGAUUCGGCGGGGUGGCUCCUCAUCUUCGGAGCUUGGAGAUUCAACAUAACAAUCCCAGGCAUCAGCUUCAGCUGGUCACUGUCUGAUUCAACUAAUCAAGUCCUUUUGGCAAAUUUUGGUGGGAUCAAUGGUGAGAAUCAUGUCAGGAUCGGGAUUAAAUUGAUUAUUUCGCGUUGAUUAUGCUCGAGAAAUCAAUGUAAAUGGCCUUUUCUUUAAAUUUCUCGAUUUCCAUUUGGAUCGAAUUCAUCUCGCUUUCGCGAUCAUCAUCACUCUAUUUGCCCGAAUUGAAAUAGGCCAAAUCCUCGGGGGAUUUCUCCGGUUAAA